AUGAGGGACUUCAAGAUUGUAUGUCUUCGCAUUGAGUGGUGCAAGGCAAGAGUGCAAGAGGCAUGUUGGUCUGAAGAAUUGCUGCUGUUGCUUGAAGAGAUGCAGAGAGUACUGAUGUUCUUAACUUGGCAGGGGACAUGGUGGUCUGGACUAGCUUCGGCUCGUCAUUUUGAGAGAUCAGCUGACAGUGAAGGGCCCAGGGCAUACACCAACCGACAAUCUGCACUCCGUGAAGCUAUGGCGGAAAAAUUCAGACAAUGCUGGGCCAAUGUCCCUGCUGUCAUAGCUGCUGAGCUAGAUGACAAUGGCACACUGGACAUAGCUGAUACCGGUAGCAUGAUGCUCACCAUUGAAGGCCCUCCACCAUUAGCUGCAGAAGAUUAG